CCUGGGGGGCUCCAGGGGGGUUCCGGAUGCACCAGGUUUAUUCUUUCGGGUCACGGACAGCAGGAACGACAAGGAGGGUUCACCCUUUCUGUCCAGUCGCAAGAUGGCGACGGAACCUGGUGGGACUCCGAGGGGCCGCGGGCCGCCUCCCCUUCCCGAUGGCCCGUGCGCCGCCGGCGACGGCAAGCGGGAGGGGGGCGGGGCAGGCGAGGGAGGGAGGGGCGGAGCGCGGCGCCCUCCCGCGCGUCUUGGCCCCGCCCCACGUCCCCGCGUCCCGGCCUGGAGCCCUCGCCCGGCCGGGCGCGCGCGCUGCCUGCCGGGAUACUCGGCCCGCCCAGCCAGUCCUCCCGUCUUGCGCCGCGGCCGCGAGAUCCGUGUUUCUCCCAAGAUGGUGGCGCUGGGCUCGGGGUGACUACAGGAGACGACAGGGCCUUUUCCCUUCGCCGGGUCCCGACACAUCACCCUUCGCUCGCUCGCGCACCCCGCCGCCGCGUAGCCAUCCGCCAGCCCGGGCGCCCGCCAUCCGCCGCCUACUUACGCUUCACCUCUGCCGACCCGGCGCGCUCAGCUGCGGGCGGCGGCGCCUCCCUCGGCUCCUCCUCGGAAUAGCUCGCGGCCUGUAGCCCCUGCCAGGCGGGCCCCGCAGACCCCCGGCGUGGACAGGCAGCGGCGGCUGGCGACGAACGCCGGGAUUUUGGCGGCUCCGGCGCCCCCUUUCCCGGCCUUGGUUUCCGAAGAAGGAAGCGCGGGUCCCGCAUGAGCCCCGGCGGUGGCGGCAGCGAGAGGGAACGAGGCGGUGGCGGGCGGAGGCGGCGGACGAGGGCGACGACGACCAGCGAGGCGGCCGCCGCAGCCCAGGCGCGGGGGCGACGACAGGUUAAAAAUCUGUAAGAGCCUGAUUUUAGAAUUCACCAGCUCCACAGAAGUUUGGCGAAAUAUGAGUUAUUAAGCCUACGCUCAGAUCAAGGUAGCAGCUAGACUGGUGUGACAACCUGUUUUUAAUCAGUGACUCAAAGCUGUGAUCACCCUGAUGUCACCGAAUGGCCACAGCUUGUAAAAGAUCACCAGGAGAACCUCAGUCUGACGACAUUGAAGCUAGCCGAAUGAAGCGAGCAGCUGCAAAGCAUCUAAUAGAACGCUACUACCACCAGUUAACUGAGGGCUGUGGAAAUGAGGCCUGCACGAAUGAGUUUUGUGCUUCCUGUCCAACUUUUCUUCGUAUGGAUAAUAAUGCAGCAGCUAUUAAAGCCCUCGAGCUUUAUAAGAUUAAUGCAAAACUCUGUGAUCCUCAUCCCUCCAAGAAAGGAGCAAGCUCAGCUUACCUUGAGAACUCGAAAGGUGCCCCUAACAACUCCUGCUCUGAGAUAAAAAUGAACAAGAAAGGCGCUAGAAUUGAUUUUAAAGAUGUGACUUACUUAACAGAAGAGAAGGUAUAUGAAAUUCUUGAAUUAUGUAGAGAAAGAGAGGAUUAUUCCCCUUUAAUCCGUGUGAUUGGAAGAGUUUUUUCUAGUGCUGAGGCAUUGGUACAGAGCUUCCGGAAAGUUAAACAACACACCAAGGAAGAACUGAAAUCUCUUCAAGCUAAGGAUGAAGACAAGGAUGAAGAUGAAAAGGAAAAAGCUGCAUGCUCUGCUGCUGCUAUGGAAGAAGACUCAGAAGCAUCUUCCUCCAGGAUAGGUGACAGCUCACAGGGAGACAACAAUUUGCAAAAAUUAGGCCCUGAUGAUGUAUCUGUGGAUAUUGAUGCCAUUAGAAGGGUGUACACCAGAUUGCUCUCUAAUGAAAAAAUUGAAACUGCCUUUCUCAAUGCACUUGUGUAUUUGUCACCUAAUGUGGAAUGUGACUUGACGUAUCACAACGUAUACUCUCGAGAUCCUAAUUAUCUGAAUUUGUUCAUUAUUGUAAUGGAGAAUAGAAAUCUCCACAGUCCUGAAUAUCUGGAAAUGGCAUUGCCAUUAUUUUGCAAAGCAAUGAGCAAGCUACCCCUUGCAGCCCAAGGAAAACUGAUCAGACUGUGGUCUAAAUACAAUGCAGACCAGAUUCGGAGAAUGAUGGAGACAUUUCAGCAACUUAUUACUUAUAAAGUCAUAAGCAAUGAAUUUAACAGUCGAAAUCUAGUGAAUGAUGAUGAUGCCAUUGUUGCUGCUUCUAAGUGCUUGAAAAUGGUUUACUAUGCAAACGUAGUAGGAGGGGAAGUGGACACAAAUCACAAUGAAGAAGAUGAUGAAGAGCCCAUCCCUGAGUCCAGUGAGCUGACACUUCAGGAGCUUUUGGGAGAAGAAAGAAGAAACAAGAAAGGUCCUCGAGUGGACCCCCUGGAAACUGAACUUGGUGUUAAAACCCUGGAUUGUCGAAAACCACUUAUCCCUUUUGAAGAGUUUAUUAAUGAACCACUCAAUGAGGUUCUAGAAAUGGAUAAAGAUUAUACUUUUUUCAAAGUAGAAACAGAGAACAAAUUCUCUUUUAUGACAUGUCCCUUUAUAUUGAAUGCUGUCACAAAGAAUUUGGGAUUAUAUUAUGACAAUAGAAUUCGCAUGUACAGUGAACGAAGAAUCACUGUUCUCUACAGCUUAGUUCAAGGACAGCAGUUGAAUCCAUAUUUGAGACUCAAAGUUAGACGUGACCAUAUCAUAGAUGAUGCACUUGUCCGGCUAGAGAUGAUCGCUAUGGAAAAUCCUGCAGACUUGAAGAAGCAGUUGUAUGUGGAAUUUGAAGGAGAACAAGGAGUUGAUGAGGGAGGUGUUUCCAAAGAAUUUUUUCAGCUGGUUGUGGAGGAAAUCUUCAAUCCAGAUAUUGGUAUGUUCACAUACGAUGAAUCUACAAAAUUGUUUUGGUUUAAUCCAUCUUCUUUUGAAACUGAGGGUCAGUUUACUCUGAUUGGCAUAGUACUGGGUCUGGCUAUUUACAAUAACUGUAUACUGGAUGUACAUUUUCCCAUGGUUGUCUACAGGAAGCUAAUGGGGAAAAAAGGAACUUUUCGUGACUUGGGAGACUCUCACCCAGUUCUAUAUCAGAGUUUAAAAGAUUUAUUGGAGUAUGAAGGGAAUGUGGAAGAUGACAUGAUGAUCACUUUCCAGAUAUCACAAACAGAUCUUUUUGGUAAUCCAAUGAUGUAUGAUCUAAAGGAAAAUGGUGAUAAAAUUCCAAUUACAAAUGAAAACAGGAAGGAAUUUGUCAAUCUUUAUUCUGACUACAUUCUCAAUAAAUCAGUAGAAAAACAGUUCAAGGCUUUUCGGAGAGGUUUUCAUAUGGUGACCAAUGAAUCUCCCUUAAAGUACUUAUUCAGACCAGAAGAAAUUGAAUUGCUUAUAUGUGGAAGCCGGAAUCUAGAUUUCCAGGCACUAGAAGAAACUACAGAAUAUGACGGUGGCUAUACCAGGGAUUCAGUUCUGAUUAGGGAGUUCUGGGAAAUCGUUCAUUCAUUUACAGAUGAACAGAAAAGACUCUUCUUGCAAUUUACCACAGGCACAGACAGAGCACCUGUGGGAGGACUAGGAAAAUUAAAGAUGAUUAUAGCCAAAAAUGGCCCAGACACGGAAAGGUUACCUACAUCUCAUACUUGCUUUAAUGUGCUUUUACUUCCGGAAUAUUCAAGCAAAGAAAAACUUAAAGAGAGAUUGUUGAAGGCCAUCACAUAUGCCAAAGGAUUUGGCAUGCUGUAAAACAAAACAAAACAAAACAAAACAAAACAAAAAAAGGAAGGAAAAAAAAAAAGAAAAAAUUUUUAAAAAAAUUUAAAAAUAUAAUGAGGGAUAAAUUUUGGUGGUGAUAGUGUCCCAGUACAAAAAGGCUGUAAGAUAGUGAACCACAGAGUCACCUAUGUCUGUGCCUCCCUUCUUUAUUGGGGACAUAUGGGCUGGAACAGCAGAUUUCAGCUACAUAUAUGAACAAAUCCUUUAUUAUUAUUAUAAUUAUUUUUUUGCGUGAAAGUGUUACAUAUUCUUUCACUUGUAUGUACAGAGAGGUUUUUCUGAAUAUUUAUUUUAAGGGUUAAAUCACUUUUGCUUGUGUUUAUUACUGCUUGAGGUUGAGCCUUUUGAGUAUUUAAAAAAUAUAUACCAACAGAACUACUCUCCCAAGGAAAAUAUUGCCACCAUUUGUAGACCAUGUAACCUUCAAGUAUGUGCUACUUUUUUGUCCCUGUAUCUAACUCAAAUCAGGAACUGUAUUUUUUUUUAAUGAUUUGCUUUUGAAACUUGAAGUCCUGAAAACAGUGUGAUGCGAUUACUGCUGUUCUAGCCCCCAAAGAGUUUUCUGUGCAAAAUCUUGAGAAUCAAUAAAGAUGGAAGGGAGAAAUUGGAAUGUUUUAACUGCAGCCCUCAGAACUUUAGUAACAGCACAACAAAUUAAAAACAACUCAUGCCACAGUAUGUUUUCAUGUGUCUUGCAAUGAACUGUUUCAGUAGCCAAUCCUCUUUCUUAGUAUAUGAAAGGACAGGGAUUUUUGUUCUUGUUGUUCUUGUUGUUAUUUUAAGUUUACUGGGGAAAGUGCAUUUGGCCAAAUGAAAUGGUAGUCAAGCCUAUUACAACAAAGUUAGGAAGUUUGUUGUUUAUUAUAAACAAAAAGCAUGUGAAAGUGCACUUAAGAUAGAGUUUUUAUUAAUUGCUUAUUACCUAGAUUUUAAAUAGACAAUCCAAAGUCUCCCCUUCGUGUUGCCAUCAUCUUGUUAAAUCAGCCAUUUUAUCGAGGCACGUGAUCAGUGUUGCAACAUAAUGAAAAAGAUGGCUACUGUGCCUUGUGUUACUUAAUCAUACGUAAGCUGACCUGGAACUGAAUGAAACUAUUACUCCUACGAUUACACUGUAUAGCCCCACAGGUUAAAUUUAAUUCAAAACAUGUUAAACGUUACUUUCAUGUACUAUGGAAAAGUACAAAUAGGUUUACAUUACUGGAUUUUCAGAAGUAAGUAGUUUCCCCUUUCCUAGUCUUCUGUGUAUGUGAUGUUAAUUUCUUUUAUUGCAUUAUAAAAUAAAAGGAUUAUGUAUUUUUAACUAAGGUGAGACAUUGAUAUAUCCUUUUGCUACAAGCUAUAGCUAAUGUGCUGAGCUUGUGCCUUGGUGAUUGUUUUAACUGAUUACUGGAGAUUAACCUGAUGAUUUGUUUGAAAUUGGCAGGAAAAAUGCAGCUUUCAAAUCAUUGGGGGGAGAAAAAGGAUGUCUUUCAGGAUUAUUUUAAUUUUUUUCAUAAUUGAAACAGAACUGUUAUGUACCAUAAUGCUAAAUAAAACUGUGGCACUUUUCACCAUUAUUUAGUGGGGAAAAAAAAAAGACAAUGCUUUCCAUAUUGUGAUAAGGUAACAUGGGGUUUUUCUGGGCCAGCCUGUUAAGGUACGUGUGCUACCUUGAUGAAAGGGACCUUCGUGCAACUGUAGUCAUCUUAAAGGCUUCUCAUCCACUGUGCUUCUUAAUGUGUAAUGAAAGUGAGGAGAAAUUAAAUACUCUGAGGGCGUUUUAUAUAAUAAAUUCGUGAAGAAAUG